AUGCGCUUGCUUUGCGUUUUGUCUCUGGUGAUUGGUGUGGUGGCCAGUACGGCUACGGUACAAGCAGCUUGUCCACCGAAUACAUUCACAUGCAAAGAUGGCUCAUGUAUACCAGAGGAUUGGGUUGGUGACGGUGAAGCGGAUUGUGAUGACAGGUGA